AUGGCAGGGCCGGCCGGCGAGGGGGACCUGCGGCACCUGUUGAAGCUGCACCGCACCGAGAUCGCCAUGGCAGUGGACGACGUCUUCCCACUGCUGCAUGGCCUGGUCGACCAUGACAUUGUUCCUGAGCACAUCUUCAAGGAGACGCUGAGCCGGACAGAGCGGGAGGGCUCCCACCGCGCAUUCCACGCGCUGCUCACCUGGCUGCUGGGCCGUGAUGCUGCCGCCAUCCGUGACUUCUGGGCCGUCCUCUUCAAGGAUUACAACCUGGAGCGGUACACCCGGCUGCGGCCCCUCCGCGGCGCCUUCCCUAGAGAGGUGGAGCUGGGGCGGCAGCACCGCGGCAGGCGCUUCUCCCUGAGCCCCACGGUGCCGGCCCCACACAGACCCCAAGGCAAGAGGAAAGCCCCCGAGGAGCGGGAUGGGGCACGGGCAGCACAGCCUUCCCCGCGGCACGCUGCCAGCCCCGGACCCCUGGUGAAGGUGAGGACUGUGAAGAAACCGGAGGGCGCAGACAUCUCCCGCACCUCUCGUGCUGGCGGUAAGUGCCGCCCCGCCCCGGGCAGCAUCUGCCUGUUCACCCUGUUUGCCCAUGGUCAAGGGCAGGGGGGAGACUCCCUCCAGGCCGUGGCCGCCUCAGUGCAGAGAGCGGUGGCCGUGGCGGGUGGUGAGGUGCCUGUGACCCAUGGGGCUGUCGAGGGCAUCCUCAUCAAACACGUGCUGGAGCCCGGCAGCUCCAAGGCAGGCAGCAAAGCCAGGGAUGAGCCGUAUGCCCCGGCCGCCUGCGAGGAGCCAGGGGCCAGGAGCAGAAACCGCAGCCUGAAGCCGCCUGCCCGGCCCAAGAUGUCCCAAAGCGAGAACGAGGACGAGUGUGCAGUGUGCGGAGACGGUGGCGAGCUCAUCUGCUGCGACGGCUGCCCCAGGGCCUUCCACCUCACCUGCCUGGUGCCCCCACUGCCUCGUGUCCCCAGCGGGACGUGGCGGUGCAGCUCAUGUGUAGCGAGCGCGGCUGAACCGGGACGGCUGCAGGAGGUGGAUGCGGCUACAGAUCGACCCCCCGAAACCCUGGGGGAGGAGGCAUGUGGUGCCCGGCGGGGCGGAGGUGACGGGAGUGUCUGUGGUCGCUGUUUCGCCCAGAUCACAGCACCCAAGCAUGGCCCCGUGCCCGGCAGGGACCCCAGGGGGCUGCUGCUCUGCAUGUCCUGCGCAGAAACCCCAGACACAGGCAACCUGGAGACCACCACAGUGGCCAGUGAACCCCCGCUACAGGCAGCAAAGGUCGGUACAACAGCACCAGCUUCAGCAGGAACUGGGCUGGGUGAAGUGCUGGAGGUGGCUGAGGGAUUGAACUCAGUAACCAGCCCAGAGGCAAAGGGCUGCAGGCAGGGGCCAGGCUGGAACGCUGGCAGGACAUGUCUUCUCCCACAGACAGAGGACAUCUCCCUCGGCAGUGAACCCGUGCUGAGCAGGGACGAGCUGGACGCGCUCCUGGGUGAGGGCACCUGGGACGGGAUCCUGCAAUGGGCCUUCCAGAGCAUGGCACGGCCCAUCGCAGAUACGCAGGGACUCUUCACCUAGUGCCUGAAUGCAUGGCAGCCCCGCCACGGCAUGAGUGAUGGAGGAAAACGAUGUGAGGUGGCUGUAACGAGGGAGCCACGAAAAACACAAGAUCAAGAAAUGCAUCUCACGACUUCCAAGAUUAGAAGAGAAUGGGCGCUCUCAGGGUUGUAUGGCUGUAGGUACCCCACAGUGCGCCAAACCCAGCUCUCGCGGAACCCAAGCCUCUCUCCUAAACUCCAAAAUGACCCCUCAAAAUCCA